AACCAUACAGGACAGAACCUGUGACAGGCGCUUUGACGACUAGAACAUUCACCAACGCACCAGGAACAUACCUGCUUAUUGAAAUCAAAGAGAGAUUUUAUUCAGAGCUCUAUUGCUAAGACCUUUGCAUAUUCAAAAACGAAACAAAAUAACAACAGGAUGGCUUCAUUUUCUACCUCCAAAUGUUCCAAGUGUUUGCCGUGCCUCGUCUUCCUCAUUCUCUUCUUCGCUGCUGUGCUGGUGGAGAGCCGACCAUCGCCACAGAGAUCAGAGGGCCAGAUUCUGCGAGACCUAUUUGGCCCAAAGAUCUCAGCUCUGCUAUUGGCCCCCGCUGAGGUUACAGAGGGGUCAGCAGACAACCCCACACUUUCACCCAGUGGAAGACAUGGUCCAUCUGAGAGUAUGGUUCCCCAACGCCCUAUGCCACACCACUUCCUGAAGUUCCUAAGUCAUCAAAGGAAGUUCAACGGGCGGAGUAGAAAGACAUCGGCACGUGGAUGUUUUGGCUUGAAGGUGGACCGCAUUGGAAUCAUGAGUGGACUGGGUUGCUAAAAAACAGAGCAGCAACUGAACUUGCAUGGCUACAAACUGAUCUGGGCAGAGCCCAUUUACCAACAAAUUAGGACAAAAGAGAAGAGAGUGCUAAAACAACUCUUUAAUAGCACUUAACAGCACUCUUCUCAAACCAUCUGAGCCUAUUUCUUUAAUUAAGCACACCUGGGUAUAUUUGUUUAUGACCAGGGGCCCUUUCUUGUUAAAGGCCCCAGGAUGUGUGUGUGUGUGUGUGUGUGUGUGUGUGUGUGUGUGUGCGUGUACCUCUGAAUGCCUGUUGAUGUAAAUGGUAGAUAUGACACCUGGCUUCCAAGCUAGUAGCUGACUUGAUACUGACCUGGCCUUAAUCUGCCUUCAAUCGACCAAAUGUAUCAGGUCACCUCAGAUCAGGACCAGAGUAAGCAAAUAUUUUUUUUCUUUAACAAGUGAGAUUUGCCUCAUGCUAUCUUUGUUUUCUAUUGUUCUGUGUAUUGUAAGUUAACACCUGAGAUUCUGUUGCGAAUGUGUGGAUGUGUCCUACCCUUUUCCUGACUUUCCUGACUUACCCUUAACAUGAUAAACAGGCUAUAACUGUGUCAAGAGUGUUAUUCCAUGCUCUGGGAUGUAUUUUAAUGACAACAUGAUCUUUGCUACAACGAGCCAAAUAACAACUGGCUAGUGAUAAAUUAUUGAUAGAUUAUCACUGAUAUAGCCUAAUAGUUCCAGUGGUGACUUAUGAGAUAAGGUGCCUGAAUAAGUCUUGUAGUAGGCUAUGUUCAUUCAACUAUUCCGUGGUCAGGUGAGGCUAAUUUAUGUUUACAACUACAUAUGAUAAUAAAUUAUGAUAUAAAGUUAAGUUUUUUUACUUUUUACCCAACACUGCAGAUAACUAGAUG